AUGGAAUACCUCAAGCUGGACAGUAUUCCCGCCCCAUUUCUGGCAUUUUUUGCUGGAAUUGGCGCUCUCUGGCUUGGAAGUAAAGUGGUUAGCUAUGUGCGACUACUGCUGAGCUUGUUUGUGCUCAGUGGGAAAAACCUUCGUACCUACGGCAAGAAAGGCACCUGGGCAAUCGUCACCGGCGCCUCCGACGGCAUCGGCAAAGAAUAUGCCAUUCAGCUCGCUCAAAAGGGCUUCAACCUCCUCCUCAUCUCGCGCACCGCCUCAAAGCUUACUACCCUCUCCACCGAAAUCACGCAAAAGUAUGCCGGUGCCCACCUCUCGGUCAAGACGCUAGCCAUGGACUUCUCGCUCAACAAGGACGAGGACUACGCGAAGCUCAAAGCGCUGGUUGAUUCUCUGGAUGUGGGCAUCUUGGUAAAUAACGUGGGGCAGAGCCAUAGUAUCCCGGUGCCGUUUGCGAUUACGCCCAAGGACGAGGUCAAGCAGAUUAUUGAGAUUAACUGCGUGGCCACUCUCAGGGUGACGCAGAUUGUGGUGCCGGGGAUGAUCCAACGGAAACGAGGACUUAUCCUUACCAUGGGCUCGUUUGGUGGACUUCUGCCUACCCCGCUUCUGGCCACGUACUCGGGCUCCAAGGCAUUCUUGCAACAGUGGUCUACGGCCUUGGGUGGGGAGCUCAAAGGGUCGGGUGUGGACGUUGAGUUGGUGCUCAGCUACCUCGUCACAACGGCCAUGUCGAAGAUCCGCAAGACAAGCAUGUUCAUCCCGAGUCCGCGCAUGUUUGUUAAGAGCGUGCUAGGUAAGGUGGGGAGAAGGGGCGGCGCACAGAACAUGGCGUUUACGAGUACGCCGUUCUGGGGCCAUGCGCUGAUGCAGUGGUGGUUGGAGAAUACGGUUGGGCUUGGGGGGGAGAUGGUUGUGGUGCAGAAUCGCAAGAUGCACGAAAGUAUUCGGAGGAGGGCGCUGAAAAAGGCGGAGAGAGAGGCCAAGAAGGUCUGA